GUCAGCCACCAAUAUUUCUUGCUGCUGAGAAGGAGGCCUUCGCAUUGUACAUAAGUUGUUGGUAGGUUACUGAGGAAAUUUCCUGCGCUAGAGCUGGCUAGUCACGCCGUUAUGGAAGAUGGAUCUAUCGCCUUUGAUUAUGUUAACUAAACAACUCUAUACAUUUUCUUUUAGAUGACAUAUAUUUUGUAAAACAAAGAUGGAAGAAUUUGUUAUACGCGAUUUAGCGCGGAAGACUUUAGAAGCAAAUAAACGUAAAAUUGAAGACCAAUUUGGAGUUGUCGUUGGUCUUGACUUAGUGGAUCAGGGAUAUGGCUCAGGAGGAAUUAUUGGGGCCAAUAACUACGGACAUGGAAAUGAUAUGUGGGUACAGAUUGCUAAUUCUGGCGCUGAAAGCAGCCGAGAAAAUGUAAAGACAGCAAAAAAAUACGUCCUGGCGUUAUGUGGAAGUGAACUUGAGCAGACGGUACCAUACCCGCCAGAACUUACCGAACAGAUUCUAAAAAGAAUCGACAAUUUUGAGCGGGAAUGUGGAGCAGUGAUUAGGAAUAUUCCAAAUGAAUACAAACUGAAGAUAACUGCAUCGGAGGAAUUCAGUUUAAUAACGGCAUGUAUGCUGGUAGAAACAGAAAUAAUGAGGAAUGCAGAUGUAUGCGAUCAAUAUUCUUCUGUUAGUACCGAGUUCGACUCAAAUAUUUCUAACAAAGAAACGAACAAUAUCACAACGGACACUGCAGAUCUUUGUAAAAUAUCAGUGACAGAUGGAAAUCGUGAGAUUACACCCAAAGAGAAUUUACUGUUAAACCAGGCACAUGAUGAUGAUGAUGAAAAUCAAAAUGAAGCAUCGAUAAAAAAAUACUCGGAUAUGUUAGAUUUUGUACUUAAGUUAGGUUAUACGAGGAAUCAAUUAGAUCAAGUUUUACCGCAGCUUGGGACUGAUGCAGACAGAAAUGAUGUGUUGGGGGCUUUAGAACGUUCAUCGUCUACCCCAACAGAUCUUGAUAGGAACAACUCAAUUACGAUUUCUGGUGAUGUCGCUGAUUGUCAGCAAGUCAUUGAUGAUGCUGAAAAUCUCCGUCCAAUCAUCAUUGAUGGGAGCAACGUUGCCAUGAGCUUUGGUCGUAAAGAAGUAUUUGAAUGUAGAGGAAUAAAGAUUGUAGUUGACUGGUUCAAGAAGAGGUCGCACUCAACUAUCAUCGUAUUUGUACCAGAAUGGCGAAAGGAAUCUUCAAAACCAAACACAUUAAUUGAGGAUCAACACUUAAUGAUUGAACUGGAAAGAGAGGGAAUUUUGGUUUUCACGCCAUCCCGCCGAGUAAACGGUAUGCGAAAAACCUGCUACGACGAUCGUUACAUUGUUAAAACGGCCGUAGAUUUAGAUGGUAUUAUCGUCUCAAAAGACAACUUCCGGGACCUUCAAAAUGAAAAUCUAGAAUGGAAGAAAUUCAUUGCUGAACGAUUACUGAUGUAUGCGUUUGUCACAGACAAGUUCAUGCCACCUGAUGAUCCUCUGGGUCGUAAUGGACCAAGUCUUGACAACUUCCUCCGCAUCAAACCUACUCAAGUGGAACCAAUUACACAUUGUCCCUAUGGAACGAAAUGUACCUUUGGAAACAAGUGUAAAUAUUUCCACGCCGACAGGCCACGGUAUAAAUCGGUUGCUGAUAGUCUAAAGGACAAUCACAAAUAUAGGAAUAAAACAAAAUCUCCAACCGGUGAGAAGCUUGGUUUAGAGCCUCGACCAACAUCGUUCACAGCGCCGUUGUUGUCGAGGAGGGAGGAUACAACAAACCAAUCCGGAAGCUAUUCUCAAACACGCAGGACAUCAGACGCAGCAUCAUCAUUACCCCAGUAUACCAAGGAAUUACAGCGCAAUGGGCAAGGACACUCAGAGCCAGUGCAUUUCAUCGCAACAAAUCAACAUCAUACUUUUCCUCUUGUGUCUUCACAACCGAAAGCGUACGGACAGUCACAUACUGAGCCGCUUCCUCCUGGGUACACCAAGAGGCCUGGCCGAUCCAGUAACCCACAGGAUUACCAAAAUUCUCUAGCCAGUGAAAUGAGCCACAUGCAACUUAGAUCUCAAAGUGAUUAUCAGCAAGAUAUUCUGCCUACAUACGUCUCAACAGUACCGCAUCAUAUCACAAGGAGGCCUAGCUAUCCCGGCUUUGGCCCUCAGGUUCCAGUGGCACACUAUAACACUCCGUACGCAACACAAUCUGGACAAUACUACCAUGAGAUACCUAAUCAGUUUGAUUCGUAUCCACAAGCUCCAACGGAGAGAGCUAUGCGUUCCAAGGGCCCUAUGGAACCAUAUCCGUAUACUAGGCCAGCUCGUGUAACUCAUUCACCCUACAUUUCUUCACAUGCAUCGAAUAAUCCUUCUCAAGUCAAAACUAUAUCGAGCAAUGCACCGCAGCCGUCUGUUGUUUCUGCCCCACCAAAGACGCAAGAGAGGCCUGAUGGAUUUGAGAAAAAACGACGAAACAUGAAACAUCAUCUGAGUGCUCUCUUUGGCCAGCAAGCCGUUGAGAGAGCAAUGUUGAAGUUACCCGAUACCACAGAUCCCUCAGAAAUAGUAGCGGUCUUGAACAAUGUGAAGUAAACAGGAUCUGAGAGUUAUGCCUGUCAGCUGUGGUCUGACAAAUAUGUGAAGACCUAACAGUUACCUUGAUAUGGUAUAUUGACAGAGUAUGAUGAUGAUGCUCAAAACUCCAACAUUGCUGAGUAAACAAAGAAAUUAUUGAUGAAAUGAUAGAGCUUUGUCUUGCUGCAAUUGUUGGAUUGGGAAAUCGUUUCAAUGCUGAUACUUGGCUUGGUGAAUGCAAUUUUGUUUUCCCGAGUUCCUGCUUUCAGGAAAUGCAAAGUUGGUUUACCCUACUGUGAAACUUACCAUUUUACGAUCCAUUAAUUUUUACGAAAUCCAUGAAUAAAAAUAAAUGGUCGUACAAUGUUGGGGCAGUAGGCUUUUAAUAAUAUCUGGAGCCACUUUUUAGGCAGGCAGGUCUGCCUCUAGGCAUUUCCUUGGUUGCAGAGCCAAAUUCGGUGAAGCAGAGACUUCUACAUGAAAAUACCUGGCUGUGAUCCUCAGAAUGUUAUACUAAUGUAACCAAGUAUAUUUUGCUUUUAUAAUUGGAUAACACCUAUGCAGAAAAAAGCUUAACGGUGUAAAAGUGAACGUUUUUCCACUACGAGAAAUUUCCGACCAGAAUGGAACCUGAAGAUCGAGUGCACAAAUCAAACCGGGUGAACACUUGUGAUUGAUGUGCAAGAUUGACCUAGAAUAGACCUAUCCGGAGUGUUAAUCAAACUAAACAACUGACUAAUGAGAACAACGUUAGGAAUACGCACGCGUCUCACAAACACACGUGUUGUCCCACAA